GCGUACCUGUCCAUUACUAUAUUUCUAUUCUACACCUCCAUCCCACACUCUCAUUCCACACUCCCAUCAGACAUUAUGAUGCGUUCUUACCUUUUGGCCGGGUUGUUUGCCGCUCUCUGUACCCCGACUUACGGCCUGGUAUUUCAUGACAGACUCACACAAGAAGUCGAUGGCAGCAAACUUUCAGUACUGCAUGGUGUUGACGCUGAAACAUCUGUGAAAUUUGGCAGCCGAACCGAUUCCCAGACGGCGGGCUGGAAAUUUGACACCGACGGCUACAGUGACGACCAAGCCAUUAUCACGCCUUUAAGCUCCUCCAGCACACUCGCAUGCGCCGUGGGCAGCAAAUGCAAGCUGGAUCUUGACGGACACCCCCAAGUCUAUCGGGUCACUCGAGUCGAUCAGACAAAUCCUAUCUUUACGCUCCAGGACGUUGAAACUUCCCUCUAUGUGUCCCGGUCAAGCGACCUGAACCUGGAGCUCACUGAAGAACAAUCUGAUUCCACCCAUUUCCAAUUGGAAAAGAUCACCGGUAAUGAUGCUUAA